AUGGGCCGGCAGCAUCGGCUGGAGGCCCUAAUCGUCCCUACAAGCGACCCGCAUGCAACUCCUGUCGGGUGGCGCACGUUGCUUGCGAGAAAUGCAAAUGUGAAGAAGAGGGGGCGGCCCAGAAAGAGCGCUGCGCCAGGAACCCCCAAAGGCUCUAAAACGGACGAAGACCCCUCCCCUUGCUCCAAACGAGCCCGCACAGGCUCGGAACCGAAGCACGCGCUGCCUGCCGUACUGCCUCGGCCGACUGCGGCUGCCACAACCACGCCGGGCACCACCUCGCCGAACGAUUCUGCGAUCGGUCACCACUCGCCGCCACCGAGCGCUGCAGCUCCAUCCGAGAUCCCUCGUCUCCCUCCACCCUCUUCCCUUCUUCGACUCGGGCAGCAGCCCGACUUCCCCUCCACCCUCUCUUCGACCGCUCUUCCGCCGCUCCCUCCUCUUUCCGCCGCUCCCGCCGCUCCUUUCCUCUACCCCUCCUUCAUCAUCUCCCUCUUCCAGAACGCUGCCGGCAUCACUCCACUCGGAACCUCAACCUCUCCACCACCGCAGCCGCAGCAGGUGCAGCAGGCCUUGGCCGCGGCUUCGCUUCCCCGAACGACCGCCGCUCCCGCAGCAGCAGCAGCGCCAUUACCGACCACCACUCCGACUGCGUCACCGCCGCAAUCCACCACGCCAUCCACGACCCCGCCCACGUCCUCCUCAGCAUCGGCAUCAGCGGCGGCGGCUGCGCAUCCCAACGGUGGGUUCACGGAGGCCAACCUGAUGCACAUCCUCGACUCGAUCAAGGAGAUCCGAGAAACGAACGAACAGCUGAGGAAGGAGAUGACCGAGAUCAAGAGCGAGAACGCCCUCCUGAAGCGGGAGAAGGAGGAGCUGCGCGCCAAGCUGCAGGAGCACUUGGCGCUCAAGCACUGA